ACCUUAUCCACCAAUUCCAAAUGCAAAAGCUGCCACGUAGGACAUAGAUUAAGUCCUUGGAUAUCUCCAUUUUCCACCUCUCAUUAAACCACUGCCUCUCAAAAACAACCCCAAUCACACCAUCUUCUGAUCUUCAUACAUACAGACAGAGAGAGAGAGAGAUUGUUGAUUGUUAGGGACGAGACAGAACAAUGGCUUCAACUUCAGCAGUUUCAAUGGCUAUGCCACUAACUCAGGCAAAUCAAAAGAGGGUGGUGCCAAGCUCCGAUGCCCUGUUCAAGCCACUGCCAGUGAGGCCUUCAAGAGUCAUGGCAGCAUCAAAAUCCAGUGGAAGACUUCAAGUCAAGGCUUCCCUGAAGGAGAAAGCUGUUACCGCACUCACCGCGGCAGCUUUGACAGCUUCCAUGGUUAUACCUGAUGUAGCAGAAGCUGCUGAUUCUGGGGUUUCUCCAUCUCUCAAGAACUUCUUACUCAGCAUUGUAGCUGGUGGUGUGGUGCUUGUCGCCCUUGCUGGUGCUGUGGUUGGUGUCGCAAAUUUUGACCCUGUCAAGCGAACCUGAGAGAGAGAGAACAAUUCUUUUCUACUGCUCCUAUGUAUUUCUUCUAUGUUUCGGUGAUUGCCUUUGUACCUUGUGUUUCUCUGUAUCUUCCCUUGUAAUUCGGCUUUGAUAAAAGAAUAUCCACUUGAUCUAAAAUCUCAUUUACUUU